AUGGAUGACCUUUUAAAGCAUUUUUGUUUUCAUGCCAUUAGAUAUUCCGGUGCGCUAACUUCAAAUGAGUCAGACAAUGCUAGAACUAGACUUGGUGCUCAUUAUGCUGUUUUUUCAAGGAACAAUCAUGUGGAUAGAGCACAUAGCAUGGAUAAUUCUCAUGAGCCUUCCCUUUCUAGGAAGAAUAGAAGUGAUCCCUUUUGGAAUGUUGGAACUGCAAGUGAUAAUUGGCCGAAGACCUUGGAUGACAAAAAGAGCCAUUUGGACCCUGAUUUUAGCUUUGCGAACUCACCCUACAAGAAAAAAGGAAUGCGUAAAGAUGUAGGUAGACAAAUGGCUGAAGUUGGUAGUUAUCCAAUGAAUGAUUUUGAAGUUGGUACAGAGAACUUCAAGAGGCCUCUCUCCGGGGCUGAUUGCACUGUGUACUCUCCAAUGAAGAAAAGAACCCCAGGGUACUCCACCAAAUUUCUUGCUGGAACAGAAUUUCCUCAGUCAACAGAGGGACAAAAUCUUGGUCAGUCUUGCUCUAAAUUCCAUGAUGCAACAAUUACAAGAGUCAUGCCAUAUAAGGAUGAGCUACCAAAUUCUUGUUAUGGACAUACCGAGACAUACGAAGUUGAACAGGGUUCAAUCUUUGUGCGAGGGCCACCUUCUUCCAAUGUGUAUAGAGAGAAUAACUUUGCAUCAUCUAAAGGUAUAUCUUCUCCAUAUUCCCAUCCUGAGUUUACAAAGAGGGGCCUGGAAUCAGCUUCUGAAGGUGGAAAAAUGGUUCUGCUUUCGCAAGAUGGGUUCAGCAAUCCUCUUAUAAAUGUUGGAAUUUCUGAGUCGGUGGAACCAAAUAGGUCUGGUUCUUUUGGUUAUAGAACUGCUUUCAUUUCAAGGGCAUCUAUUGUUCCACAGUUAACUAGGGAUGAUAUUAAUGAGGGUGAAACUUGGAGAUUUUCAUCUCAAGCUGCCCUUGGUUCAAUUGCUAGAAAUUCCUUUUCUGGUAAUUAUCAAUGUGCGGAUGAGCAGAUAGCUGAUGGGCAUGUUAUAUGGCAAGGGAGUGAUGCAACUCAUGUUGGAAGAAGAUCUCGCUCUCCUAACACUAGUUGGUUGCUCCAAGGAAAUGUUUUGACAAAUCUUGACUAUGCCAACAGACCUGGAGCUGAUGUCGUUAAUGAUGAAUACGAGAACAACAGAUUGACGAAAAUUGUUCAUUCUGAUUCCAGAAAUUCCAGAAGAAGUGUUUUUAGUCGCUUAUCUUUGGCUCCUAAAGUACAUAAGCCAAGAGAACAAGAAUUUGAUUAUAGUAUGAGCUUCGAUGAACAUUAUAUGGAUACAACAGUUGAUGAAAUCAUGGACUUGUUAUACGAGGGUCAGAAAAUUGUACCACAAAAGCCAUUGAACCGUAAACCAUUUAUCAGAAAAGUUGGUUCUGGUGAAACUUAUAUGUCAGGAAAACAUGCUUCAGUUGUCAAGAAUGAUGCAGAGCAGACUGCUGAUUCAAUGAUGAGAGUUCUCAAAGAAAGUGCAAAUGAAGUUCUUGAAGAAACCAUGAACCAUAUUCUGGCAGAGACCAGAAUGGUGGAUUUCAAGCGCAGGAGGGAGAAGAAUCGAACUUCAGAACAGAGUACUGUUAAAUUAAACAAAGAAGAAGAGAGAAAUGCUAAUGAAUACAGAGUCCUUCAGAAUGCACAAGGAAACAGUUCUCAAACUGCAGUGGCUAAGGAUUCAGCUGAUAAGCCAUUCAAGCGUAGGAAGCUUGUGCGUUCAGUAUUUGAUGAGAAGAAUUGUAGGAGUGAUUUGAAUCACCAACUUCCUUGUCAGACACUUGACACGGCUAAAACAGGUAACUCAGAUUCGAUCGAGGUUCAGCCCGCUCUCUAAUAAUUAAACUAUCUAGGUGAACAACAAACUCCAUAGUCAUCAAGUUCUCCAACAUGCUUACUCAAGAGGCGGUUUGCAUACACCGAAGCUUUGUAUAUGAUGAUGACGAGGCUGAACGUAGGCAGCGCCAUGAUUGUAUACUAAAAUCAUGUAAUAUACGACUGUUUUCAGAUCUUAUGUCGAUCUGCAACUCAAGUUUUGUGGAAGUUGGAUUUUGUUAUGCAAAUGAACAAAUUCACCCCUUGUGUAAAAUUUGAUAUUUGCUUACUUCAUUUUGCUCCGCAUUAUAACAUUUUCUUAUUUUCGAUGA